CCUUUGUUUUUUUUUAAUGAAAUGAAACAAUUGAUUUUAACUUUUCCCCCUACACCAAGAUUCCAUGUCCCCUUUUUCUUUUCCUUCCUAUUUUUCCUCUCUAUAUAUGUUAUAUCAACUCAUUUUCACAAAACUCAGAUUCCAAUUUCCAAGAAUUCCCUCAAAGAAAAAAGAAAAAAAAAUCAAGAAUGAACCAAAGUGAAUAUAAAUCAUCAUCAUCAACAAAUGAAGAUGAACAACAAGAAGAGAGUGGAUGGACAACUUAUUUGGAGGAUUUUUCAUUAAUGAAUAACCAAAGGGAAACUUAUGAUAAUGAUGAUGAUAAUUUUGGCCCUAAUUAUUCUUUAUUGUCUGAUGCUUCUUCUAAUAUUUCUCCAUGGAAGCACAAUUAUUGUAAUACAAAUUACAAUCAAUUAGUUGCUUCCAAGAAGUUGCAUUUAAAGAAAUUACCAAGAAACAAGAAAAUCAAUGAUCCUGAUUUGGAAGACACUGCUAGUUCACCUAUCAACAGUCCUAAGGUAAACAACUUUAAGAAGAUGGAGAUCAAUUACAGAAGAAAAGAAAAUUGCACUGGAAAUUUUAUGGGAAAUGAAGGUAGCUCAAGACAAUUUCAAGAAGUGCAAAAAGUAGAAAGAGGCAAUGUAUCUUUAGACAAAAUUAAUGGCUAUACAGACUUGAAGAAGAAAGGACUUUGUCUUGUGCCUUUAUCUAUGUUAGUCAACUACCAUGGCUGAUUUUUCCUCUCUUUUUCUCCAUGUAAAAAUAUUACUUUUAUUUUUAAGUAUAUAAAAGAUCAUUAUGUAAUAUAGUGAAGUCUUAUUUCAUUGUUA